CAAUGGUUACGACGAAGAGGUGCGCUUGGGGAACCUGCAAAAGCGAUUCGCGGUAUCCUGAUCGUUUAAAACGAGACGCAAGUAGAAGCAAAGUAUUUUUUUUACAUUUUCCUGGGGAGAAAUACCAUAGCGACGAGCGAGAGCGCUGGAUUCGUGCGUGUCAUCGAGGUGACAGAUUUGUGUGUACGAAAGACAGUUAUAUUUGUAGUCUUCAUUUUGUGGGAGAAAAUGGUCCUACUGUAGAUAACCCAGACCCUAUUUCAGCGAUACAAAGUAUUGAGAAUAGAAGAAAACUAACGGGAAAACGAAAAAAACCAAUGACGAGGGUAUAUAAUCCGCCACCAAAACGAGCGUCAAUCUACAAAAAAGAUGCAGCAGAGGCUCUUUACUUGAGCGAAAGGGAACACGCUAAAAGAGACGCAGCUGACGGCCUCCUAUCCUUAUGUGAAAAUAGUACAACAUCCCGUGAUAUCCAAAAGGAUCAAGACGAACUUCUUGUUUUAAAGAAAAAAGAUGCUGCUGCUCAAACCAACCUAACUCAUGAACAUCUUAAAACUUAUGCAACUGAGUCAUUUGUUAACACCAGCAGUAUACAGAAAUGCAUGUUUUUAGAAAAUGUGGUUAAUGAUUCAGCCCAUUAUACAGGCCUACCAGGUGAAAUGUUGAAAAUACUUUUGAGUUCGUGAAAGCAAAGGCUUCCAGGCUUAUCAAAUGGAAAGGGAAGAAAACAGCAAAAUAUAAACAA